AUGCCGCCGCCGCCGGGCGCCCGCAGCCUGCCCCCCGGGGGCCCCGCAGCGGGCUUGGAGGAGCCGGAGGCCGCGCGCCAGCUGUUCCGGGGCUUCCGCUACCGGGACGCGGCGGGGCCGCGCGAGGCCCUGGCCCGGCUCCGCGAGCUCUGCCGCCGGUGGCUGCGGCCCGAGGCGCGCUCCAAGGAGCAGAUGCUGGAGCUGCUGGUGCUGGAGCAGUUCCUGGGCGCGCUGCCCCCCGAGAUCCGGGCCUGGGUGCAGGGCCAGCGGCCGGGCAGCCCCGAGGAGGCCGCCGCCCUGGUGGAGGGGCUGGGGCAGGACCCUGGGCCACUGCUGGGCUGGAUCUCCACCCAGGUCCUGCGGCGGGAGGUGGCCGCCGCCCAGAGGACAGACACGCCCCACCCUUCAGAGACAGAGGAACGCCCCGGGGCUCCUGAGGAGGCCCCCCCGGACACCCAGGGGCCGGGCCCUGCCCCCCUUGGCUGCAGCGUGAAGGAGGAGCCGGACCCUGACGCGCAGGAAGCGGCACCUUCCAGCCCCCUGGCGACAGCCCUGAGCCCAGGGGGGCACCUCGGGCCCCAGGACCCGGCUUCCUCCACCUUCCACCCACCCAGGAUCCAGGAGCCCUGGGGGCUGCUGAACCCGACCCAGAAGGAGCGCUACUGGGACGCGCUGCUGGAGGAGUACGGCUCCGUGGUCUCCCUGGGGCUGCCCCCCCACCCCGACGCGCCCGCGGAGUCGGCGCCAGGUGCCCUGCGCGCGGGACCCGAGGGCCAGAGCCGGCUCCGGGCGGAGGCCGCCGGCCGCGAGGGCCCCCCCAGCAGCCCCGAGCCCCCGCCGCGGGUCCCUGGCCCGGGGGACUGGGGGGGCCGGGCGGGCCCGGGGCCCCACGGGGGCGCGGCGCGGAGCGCGCCCUACACGUGCGAGCAGUGCGGCCGCGGCUUCGACUGGAAGGCGGUGUUCGUCAUCCACCAGCGCUCGCACGCGGGCGGCCGGGGCGCGGGGGGCCCCGAGAGGCCGCCGCCGCGCCCCCGCGAGCCCGGCCCCCCGAGACCCCCCCGGCGCGCGCUCGCGGGCCCGCGCGGCUACGCCUGCGACGAGUGCGGCCGCAGCUUCAGCUGGAAGUCGCAGCUGGUCAUCCACCGCAAGGGCCACGCCGGCCAGCGCCGCCACUGCUGCGGCGACUGCGGCCGCGGCUUCGACUGGAAGUCGCAGCUGGUCGUGCACAGGAGGAGCCACCGGCCCGAGGCCCCCUGAGUUGGGGGCGCCCAGAGCUGCCCAGCGUCCGUGAGGGGCCGUGGCCCCGCCGCUG